ACACAACAAAAACGACAAAUAAACAGCCGAGAGAACGUCUUGUAUUUUCGCGAGAUUCGCGGUGGCGGUGGUCCACAGACGACAACUGCCGGUCCAUCCGCUGGUAAUGUGGCAAAUGCUACCCUUGCCGGUGGUAAGAGCACAAGCAAUAACAUGUAUUCCACCCGCCAAUCUGUAAGCACCACGACCGGUGUGCUUAUGGUCGGACCAAAUUUUCGUGUCGGUAAAAAAAUUGGCUGUGGUAACUUUGGCGAAUUGCGUUUAGGAAAAAAUCUUUACAACAAUGAACAUGUAGCAAUAAAAAUGGAGCCUAUGAAGUCAAAGGCUCCGCAACUACACUUAGAGUAUAGGUUUUAUAAGCUAUUAGGAUCACAUGCCGAAAACGCCCCAGAAGGCAUACCACGCAUUUAUCACUUGGGCACUUGUGGUGGCCGUUAUAAUGCCAUGGUUUUAGAGUUAUUGGGAUUAUCAUUAGAAGAUCUCUUCAAUAUUUGCUCCCGUAAAUUUUCACUUAAGACUGUAUUGAUGAUAGCGAAACAACUUCUCCACCGGAUCGAAUAUGUUCAUAGUCGGCACUUAAUUUAUAGGGAUGUAAAACCAGAGAACUUUCUCAUUGGCAGAACAUCAACAAAACGUGAAAAAAUUAUACACAUAAUUGAUUUCGGGUUGGCCAAAGAAUACAUUGAUUUAGACACAAAUAGACAUAUACCAUAUCGGGAGCAUAAAUCCCUAACUGGCACCGCUCGCUAUAUGUCAAUCAACACACAUAUGGGACGCGAGCAGUCGAGGCGUGAUGAUCUGGAGGCUCUGGGUCAUAUGUUCAUGUACUUCUUAAGAGGUUCACUGCCCUGGCAAGGCCUUAAGGCUGAUACACUCAAAGAGAGAUAUCAAAAAAUCGGUGAUACUAAACGUGCAACGCCCAUUGAGGUACUUUGUGAUGGCCACCCCGAAGAGUUUGCAACAUAUUUGCGUUAUGUGCGGCGGUUAGAUUUUUUCGAAACACCGGACUAUGAUUUUCUGCGAAGACUGUUUCAAGACUUAUUCGAACGUAAGGGCUAUACCGAUGAGGGUGAAUUUGACUGGACAGGGAAGACCAUGUCAACGCCCGUCGGAUCUCUGCAAACUGGCCAUGAAGUCAUCAUUUCACCAAAUAAAGAUCGUCAUAAUGUUACGGCUAAGGACGUGUCUUAUUUUGAUUUUAAUGAAAUUGAUAAUGAAAAUGAGGAAUAUAUAAUACUUCAGACAAAUGCCAAAGGAGGUGUUGCUGCGUGGCCGGACGUGCCCAAGCCGGGUGCAACCCUUGGCAAUCUGACACCCGCCGAUCGGCAUGGUUCAGUGCAGGUUGUGAGUUCGACAAAUGGCGAACUGAAUGCGGACGAUCCCACGGCCGGACACUCCAAUACACCCAUCACACAGCAGCCCGAAGUAGAGCUUGUCGACGAAACAAAUGGUUCCUUAUAUUCCAGAUGUUGUUGUUUCUUUAAACGAAAGAAGAAGAAAUCAACUCGCCAAAAAUGACUAGAAGGUGUACAAUGUAGUCCAGAACGCGAGGCAGUCACAUUGCUGCGCGCCACUUCACAUUCAAACUCACGGGAUAGCGUAUUGAAUAAUCCGAGUCAGGAUUACAUACAACAGGCAACGUCGCAGCACACGUUGCGUUAUCCUCCAUCCGCGUCGAUGUUGACGCCAACACCAACUACAAAUACACCGACACUUCCGUUGUAAUUUAUAUAAAUACAGAAAUCCGAAAAUAGAAUGAAAACAAAAAAAAAA